AUGGCUUUCUUUUUCGGCCGUCGGCAUUCUGUCUCUGGUGCGCCCGCAGAGGACGAUGGCGUGCCUAGCAAUCCGAACUCGAGAUUGAGAAGAAGGGCAUCUGUUCCGAAUGCGCCGAGUCAGACUCGUGGCGCUCAUGACAGAAAUGUUUUUCAAGAUCUAUUCCGGAGACAUCGAGAUGAUUCAGAAAUGGAGAUGUCGACAGUGGAGAGGGGUCAUGAUACUACUCAUGCAAACCAACCUAAACAAUCCACGACAACAGCUGCUAAAGGCCACACGGGUUCCCAGAGCUCCCCGCAGGCGCGUAAUUCACCUGCAAAGGAGCACAACCAUGAGGGUAAACAUGAGGCUACAUCGUCAUCUGAAUAUGCUCUUAGCAAAGAAGAUAUCGAGACUCUUUUCUCGGGAGCCCCGUUUUUCCUCCUCGAAAGGGGUAAGUAUGAUCAUCAUUACCCACAGGUGAUCUUCCCCUUCGAUGACCACGAUCCUACUAUUCAGAAUCUGUGGGACAGAAAGCCACUACCUCAUCCGUCGUAUACUCUAUGUACAUUGCAUGCCCACCUACCUGUUCCUGACAGGUGGGUAAUCUCCAAAGAUGAGCCGAUACACCUCAAUAGUUGGAGAAAGACCGGAGGCGCCAAGAGAGCGACGUUCGACAUUGGGAUUUUUGAAGUACCAAACAUGCUGUCAAUGAACGGAAAGGACCCAGGAGCGGUUGGGUUUCGUUAUUUCCUAGAGCUCCCGGUGGCAGAUGCUGUGCGCUACCCGGAGAAACCAAAGACGAAAUUGAAUUACAUACAGCUUUCCUCGAUUCCGGCCUCGGAGAUAUAUGAAAUGAUGGAGCAUUAUCAUGACGUUUAUGCACUGCCUGGAGGCGCUGCAUAUGACCGGCACCAGUUACUCUGUGAUGGCCCAUCGGCCUGGAAAAAGAUCGGCGUACGGGACAUCAAUCUACAAUGCUUAGUGGAACGCCUGCGGACGUUAACAGAUCUCCGUCGCGAACUGUUACACGGAAAGAAAGCAACCACAAUCCUGGAUACCGAAUCUACCCGGGACUUGUACAGCGGCCUCUUCACUAAAUUCCUCUAUCCUCCUUCCAAACCUCUGCUCGCAGACUCCAGCCUGGCUCAUAGCCUCAAAUCUCAAAUCAAGUCUUUGACAAUGACCCUCGCCACAAGGGGCGCGUGGGUGGAUUUCAGUCUCCCUGAAUGGCGGUUAUAUGCAGGACAGUUGCUGUGGGGGGCCGGUCCUCAUCCGGACGGUGAUCUCUUGGACCCUUCUACGUGCUCAAAACCCUGGAUGCAUCCAACGCUCGAGCGCCGGGCCGACGAGCCAGAUCAACCUGGCGUCGACCCCGUAGAACAAACGGGUCACUCGAGGGGUGAAAGAAACCAUGAGAAGAAUCCUCGCUCUUUCUUCGAAAAUUUGCUCCACAGAUCGUUGUCCGGCUCAAGCGCCGAGUCCACCGAAUCAGCCUGGAAUUGCAGCCUGGUCCCAACAUAUCUCGACCAACAGCUUCAAGGAUUACUUGUGUUUGGUCAAGAAAUCGGCUGGCCAGGACUCGAUGGACUCAGAGCGCGCCUGAACUCUGCCAUUGGGUCAGGUCAACUGAGUGAUACAGUCGCUCAUGCAUAUGAACAGCCCGUGCACAAUAAGCUGCCAGCUGAAGUUGGCGCGCCUCUUAGGAAAGAGGAAAUGCAUACCAGAAGCCCAUCCCGCCGCUGGAUAGUCCUCCACUGCUCUCAAGAUCAGACGGCUUCUGUGCAGCUUGGUGGUUGGAUUACCCGGAGCUGGCUGUCUGGCUUUGUAUUCCCUGGAGAGCAAAUCAGCCAUCUGCUCAUGGCUACGAUAUUGGAAAAUGAUCCAGAUGCUCUUGCGAGCCUAGGGUCCAUUGCAAACCUGUAUGGUGGGUUCGCAUACAAAGGAAUGACUUGGUGGAGCAAAGAGUGUGUCGUCGGCCGAGUCCUGGCCAGUCUGGAAGAUACCAAAGAGUGUCUGGGAUGGAUAAGGAGUGCGGUUGUGCCCAAAGAUGCUUGGACAGUUCAGCCGCUGGACAAUUCAUGGUUCGAAGUUUCUGUUCAACCAUCCCUGUCAAUGCCUGGAAAGCCGCGCAUCCGCCAGGGGAAUAAAUUAGCGUAUGAAUCGACACCACUUGGCCGUGGUGAGCGAGUCAGCGGUGCAUUCUCCCUACCAAUGGACGCCCCGUUGGAGAAAGAUCUGAAGAAAGUCAGCUUCGAGACAUUGACAUUUUCUGGGAAAGGCGGGCAGUCAUUAGAAAGCACGCCGCAUCCCAUCGCCGCCAGGACCCUUAUGACCUUUUCGAUCGCCUCAGGGACUGACUCACCCUGGAAAGUCUCCUUUCAAUUGAGAUACAACGUCCGUUUCAUUACAUCUCACGAAUGCCGCCCACCGGGCAACUUCAUAUCGUAUCACUGCGCAUGCCCCACUGGGAGUGGCACAUCGACGCCGUCCAGCAGUUCAAGUCCCCGACACCACCACCGUCUCCCAGGCCAUCCUCUCCACAGCGGGUACAAAUACAAACACAUCUCGUUGGACUCCCUCCCCGAACACAAUGUCCCUGACGACGCUUUCCUCGACGGCAACCACCAAAGCAACCACAGCAACCAUCACAGGAAGCACGAAGUGCUCAUCGUCGAUGCGCGUGGCGGUCACGAAAGGGAAACCUUCGCCCGAGCGUGGUGCGCUUCACUUGGAUAUGAUGCUCUCAUUGGCAGAGUCGGACGGACGUGUCUAGCGUGCUGCAUCAGAGAAGCCAGAGCCAUUAGCGUGAAAGUCGUCCUGCGCGUGGAUGGCGGUGUCAAUCGGUCUCCGUAUCCGUCUACUCAGACGCUACCUGGUUUGAAGGAGAUCUGA